AUGGAGACAUAUAUACCCAUCGAUUUGAUCACAGUAAAUCAAGACACGAACAAAGAGAAAAGCAACACAAAACCAAGACUUUUAAAAUAUGAAAAGCAAAAAUGCAAAGAUCUCACACCAUCAGAGAAUCAGCCAGCUAAAACAGCAGAAAAGGAAACACUGAAAUAUAAAACAUUUAGAACAUUGUCUGUACCCUUGAAGUCAGAAAAAACGGAAGAUUACCUUCCAGAAAGUAGGACUCAACAAGAUGUACUUGCUCCAGAACCAGUUCCCCAUAAGAAGAAAGAGAAACCAAAGGAAAAAAAGGAUCAAACUCACGCUUGUCCAAAAGUGAGGAAGAAAAGGCUUGUGUCAUUUGAUAGAACAGAACCAAAAGAUGAUGAUGUGAUAAGACAUAUUAUUAGACUAAGAGAAAAGUUGGGUUGGCAAACGAUAUUACCGCAGCACAAUUUGGAAUAUGAAAGUUCUAAAACUGCAAUUCAGAAGAUUAUUCUAAAGGAACCUUUGCAAGAUGAUGGAGAAUUUGUAUAUUGCCUUCCUCGGAAAAAUCCUAAAGUCCUUUAUAAUCCAUAUGAUCUUCAGGUAGUCUCUGCCUACAGAGCUAGACAUUGCAAAGAAUUUUGGAUUAUUACUGCUUCAUUUGUCUCAAAGGUUAUUAAAAUAGGUGAUGUAGAAGAAAUAGAACUUGUACCUACUUUGGAAUGGCUAUUAGAAAGAAGAUGUUACUAUUUAUUACAGCCAUUCAAGAUAUUUUACAAUUUUCGACUUAAUAAAUCGUUUGUUACUUGGAAAUUGAAUGUUAAAAGAAUUAAGACAGAGAAGAGCAGGUCAUUUUUGUCCCGCCAUCUUUUUGGGGCUGAUGAGUUAUUUCAAGGCUGUUUGCUUUAUAUAAAGGGACUUUGUGAAGAUGCGAUUAGUCUCAAAAAAGGUAAUGAACAGGAAGAUAAUCCAUCUGCCAUAUGCCUUGUAAAGCUGGAUGGGUCUCGAACAUAUUCUCUAGAUGAAUUUUGCGAAGAACAGUUACAGCAAGCUAUGCAGGCGUUGAAACAACUUGAGAAUAUCAGGGGUAAAGUUAUUUCAGAAAUAAAAAGUACAGUUUUAAAGGUGGCAGAAAAGAAAGACCUUAAAGAAUAUUUUGAGUCAAACCUCUCUGAAGAUGACACAGAAUAUUUCAAGCUGCCUAAAUAUCGAGAUUUAUUAGAAACAAUUUUGAGAUUUCUGAUGCUGGUUGAUUACAUAUUUCAGGAACUCAUCCGUCAAUUAAUGAACACUGCAGUCACCCUACUUUUGGAAUUAUUUAAUAAUUCUGCUAGAAUGCCAUUUUCCAUGGAAAAAAAGAAUGAAAAUCUCAUCAAAAUACAUGAGGACAUCUUUGCUUACACUGGAAAGAUAACAAAUGAUUGUGACAAACUUGUUAAUAAUUCAAACUUACAUGCUACUUCUGUUCCAAAGUCAGAAGUAAAAACAGAAGCUGAUAUUAAUGAGAUUUUGAAUAGCAUUAAAGUGGCUAAGGAUUUGAGAAAAAUCUAUGCACCAAUAUUUGAAGUAAAUCUACACUUGAGAAUUCCUGCUGAGAGUGAUUCUUCAGAAAAUUCUAAAGAGAACCUUCAUGAGUCUGGAAAGUGCUCUGAAAAAUCUGUGACGUGUGAAGAAGAUGAAAUAUCAGAAAAUGAAGCCAACUCUGUCGUAAAACACUCAAGUGAAGAACUGCUCCCAAUAAUGAAAAAAACAAAAAAAGUUAGUUACAACCUUGAAGAAAUUCUUUCAGACGUAGAAAUCGCGACUGAGUUUGAGAAUAAAUACAUGGAUGAUGAAUUUUUAGAAUUCCCUACAAAUCUCUUUAUAGUUCCCAAUAGAUUGGAAUUUUCAAUAAAAAUUCAAAAAAUGGUGACUGACAUUGAAACAUGUAUAACUAAAAUUAUUCCUCUAUGCCAAGAUCCCCGCCUGUCUAUCUUUACCGAUUUGGUUUUAAUUACGGAUUUACCUAAUAAGACAGAAAAUGUGAUAGGCUAUAAGAGGCAAACCAGAUGGCCAGAUUGUCAGACCCUUUUUGAAAUGGAUCCUGCCUACCAAAAUAAAAUUGUGAGUCUCCUGACUAUUAUUGGUAACGCAAUGGGCCUAGUUAAUGUUUAUAGCUCCAAGUUUACGAAAUAUUUUACCAUGGUAGAGAAGGCCAAAAUCAUGAGUAUGAAAAUAUCGUCGAUAGGAGAAUUAACUUCAACACAGUUUAAAACUAUGCUAGUUAAAUUCAGAAACUAUCUUAGACAUAUUGUUAAUAUGACCAUUGAGAAGCGCAUUGGUAUUUUCAAUGUUAUAAAUCGUGAUUAUCAGUCAGAAUGCUUACCAUAUGUUGAGAAUAUCCUACAUAUGAGCCACGACCUCUUGCAAUCUGUAAUUGAGAAAAGGAAUGCAAAUCUGUUGGAAGUUGUAGAAUCAUCAUUGCGAAAGCUGGAAUGUGAUGCCACUGAAAUAGAAGAAUUUGUAGAAUAUUUUAAUUUUUUGAAUGAGAUUUCCUCAAACAUAUCUAAAUUAGAAAAAGAGUGCUCCACGAUCACUCAGCUGUAUUCUGUUGUAAGGUCUUACCAGAUCCAUAUUUCAGAAGAGCAAGUUGCCAUAUAUAAAAUCCUUCUUAUCAAAUUUGGUCAACUAAAAGUUUCCAUGAAGUUAAGUGAAACAAACAAAGACGCUACUAUUGCUAAAUUCAGAGACAAUCUGGAAACGUGUAUCACUGGUCUGCGGGGUGACCUUACUAAUUUAAAAGCCAAAAUACAAGCUCCUGUUCUGUUAUCUGCUGGUACACAAGUGUCGACCGCAAUGGAAAUGAUCCGGACUCUCACAGAGGAAACCGCAAGUUUAGCUAACAAAGCUAAAACAUAUUCAAGCUAUCAGGAUUAUUUCAAUGGUGCCCAAUCUCAAAUGCAUUCUCUCAAUAUGGAAGAGAUUACACAGAUUGUGCUGUCUGAGAUCUCUGACAUUGAAUAUGACUUAACCUUGAGGAAACUAUUAUGGGAUGCACGAGAGGAGUGGGGAACACUCUUUCGGGAAUGGAGGAAUAGUACUCUUGACAGUAUUGAUGUAGAAUCAGUACACAGAAAUGUUUCAAAAUGGAUGCAUAUAAUCUUUAUACUAGAAAAAGGUUUACCUAAAAAUGACAUGUUGACACAUCUUAAGCAAUCAGUGACAGAUUUUAAACAAGAACUGCCUAUCAUCAUAGCUCUGGGAAACCCCUGUCUCAAGCCAAGGCACUGGGAGGCCCUCCAGGAGAUUACUGGAAAGUCAGUUUCUCUUGAUAAAAACUGUACAGUAGAGCAUCUUCUAGCGCUCAAGAUGUUUCAGUACGAAGAUGAAAUCAACGGAAUAUCAACCUCAGCAACUAAUGAAGCUGCUCUUGAAAAUACGCUAUCUAAGAUUGUUGACCUUUGGAACACUACUCCUUUACAUUUAGUUCUUCAUCAAACAGAGACUUACUCUACCCUAAUAAUUUCAUCUACAGAUGACAUAUUAGCUCAGUUAGAAGAGUCUCAGAUCGUGUUUGCAACAAUUAAAGGAUCUUCCUAUCUUGGGCCCAUUAAGGAUCUUGUGGAUAAAUGGGAUAAAAACUUGACUCUCUUCUCUUACACUCUUGAAGAAUGGAUGAAUUGUCAAAGAAAUUGGCUUUAUCUUGAACCAAUUUUUCAUUCUCUAGAAAUACAAAGGCAGCUCCCAGCAGAAGCAAAACUCUUCUCUCAAGUGAUUUCCAUGUGGAAAGAAAUAAUGUUAAAAGUACAAAACAAACUGAAUGUCUUGCAAAUAACCACCUCUGCGAGAGUCCUUGAAAUUCUGCAAAAUUGUAAUACAUAUCUUGACUACAUAAAGAAAAGUCUUGAGGACUACCUUGAAAUUAAAAGAAUGAUUUUCCCAAGAUUUUACUUUCUUAGCAAUGCUGAACUUCUUGAUAUUCUAGCUAAUAGCAGAAACACCGAGUCUGUACAGCCUCAUCUUAUGAAAUGCUUUGAAAAUAUAAAACAAUUAUUGAUAUGGAAACAAGACAUUGGCCCUCCCGCUGUGAUAAUGCUCAUAUCUGCUGAAGGAGAAGCCCUUGCGCUGCCCAAGAAAAUUCGUAUAAGAAAUGCCGUAGAACAGUGGCUGGUAAAUGUAGAGAAAAGCAUGUUUGAUGUGCUAAAAAAUUUAUGCUUCAACUAUCAUAUUUAUAUCUUACUUUUUCAGAGCCAGAUCAUGUUUGAUAAUGACUGUAUCACAAGUUUUGUGAGUACUCAUUCAGGAGAAGAGCUGGAGAAAGUCCACGCUGAUCUGAUACACCGUCUACAAGAGGUUGCAGAGCUGGUAGUGCUGGAUACCAGCAACUCCCGGACAAGAGUGGUACUCGGGGCCUUGCUUACCCUUUAUGUUCACUGCAGAGAUAGAGUGAGAGAUUUACUAGUUAAAAAUAUCUUCAGUGCAGAGGAUUUUGAGUGGAAAAGACAUUUGCAAUAUAAAUGGAAUGAAAAACAAAAGUUGUGCUAUGUAUCUCAAGGAGAUGCCAGCUUUACUUAUGGCUACGAGUACUUGGGCUGUACCCCAAGAUUGGUUAUUACACCUCUCACUGACAGAUGCUGGCUCACUCUCACUGGAGCACUACAGUUGAAUCUAGGAGGCUGCCUUGCUGGUCCAGCUGGGAUGGGAAAAACCGAGAGUGUCAAAGAUCUAGCAAAAUGCUUAGGCAAACAUUGUGUGGUCUUCAACUGUUUUGAGGAUUUGGAUUAUAAGAUAAUGGGAAAAUUCUUCUUUGGACUAGUUCGGUCAGGAGCGUGGUGUUGUUUUGAUGAAGUCAAUCGAAUUGAUGCAGAAGUUCUGUCUGUGAUUGCCUCACAGAUUCUAUCAGUUAAAGCUGCGAAAGACAGCUAUUCAGUCAGGUUUGUACUGGAAGGAAAAGAAGUUCGUAUCAAUAUGUCUUGUGCGGUGUUUGCCACCAUGAAUCCUGGAUACAAGGAUCAAGUAGAACUCCCAGAUAACUUAAAAUCUCUAUUUCGCCCAGUGGCAAUGAUCUCUCCCCAUUAUCGGAUGAUUGCUGAAAUAACGCUGUUUUCAGUUGGUUUCAAAUCUGCAAAAUCAUUCUCUGGAAAGCUAGUUAACCUUUUCGAAUUAGCUAGCAAACAGCUCUCACAACAGGAUCAUUAUGAUUUUGGCCUGAGGUCUCUGAAGACAAUUUUAACAAUGGCUGGAAAGAAGAAACUUGAGUUUAAAAGUGACAAUCUUUCUGAAACAGAUGAAACUCUGAUCAUUAUUGAGGCUGUGAGAGAAGUUAGUUUAUCGAAGUUUCUUCCUGAAGAUGUCACACUUUUUGAAAAGAUCAUAGGAGAUAUUUUUCCUGGAGCAACAGUUUCAAAAGUAAAUCAAGUUGCCUUGGAGAAAGUAAUAUCUACUGCAGCACAACAACUGGGCUUACAACAAUGGCCAGCUCAGAAAGAGAAAAUCAUACAGUUUCAUAACCAACUGCAGGCUUAUGUUGGUGUGAUGUUAGUGGGCCCAACAGGUGGAGGAAAGACAACAGUUAGAAGAAUUUUAGAAAGAACAUUAAUACUAUUACCUGCUGAAGAUUUCUUACCAGUUGGAAAAAGGGAAUCUCUUUCACAGAUUCCAGGAAGAAAAGGAAAAGUAGAUAUUUGUGUUUUAAAUCCAAAGUGUAUCACUCUUAAUGAACUAUAUGGACACCUGGAUCCUAAUACUAUGGAAUGGACUGAUGGAUUAUUAUCAGCAACAAUUCGAAAUUAUGUAUGCUUUAACACUACAAGAUACUCAAAGAAAGACAAUGAUCUCGGACUAAAGUCAAGAAUCUCAGAUUUGUCUAAUGUUUUCAAACUUAACUCCUCUGAUACAGCAGAUGUUGAUGAUAAUAAUUUUGAGAAGGAGAUGGAAAAAGAUGUUAAAACUCCAGAAAGUCAGAACUUCGAUUGGCAGUGGAUUAUUUUAGAUGGUCCAGUGGAUACCUUUUGGGUAGAAAAUCUAAAUUCUAUGCUAGAUGACACUAGAAUGUUGUGCCUAGCAAACAGUGAGAGAAUACCUUUAACUAAUAAAAUAAGAGUGAUUUUUGAAGUUGACAGUCUCUCUCAGGCCAGUCCUGCUAUUGUCAGCCGAUGUGCAGUGGUGUAUAUGGAUCCUGUUGAUCUGGGAUGGGAACCUUAUGUUAAGUCAUGGCUUUUGAAAACUUCAAAAAUUAUGAGUCAAUCAGGAGUGGAUUUUCUUGAAUUCAUGAUUAAAAAUAGUGUCACAAAUGGACUACAGUUUAUAAAGAAGCAUCAGAAAUUUCAGCCAUUUCCUGUACAAGACAUAACAAUUGUUAUAACUCUGUGCAGAAUUCUUGAUGCUUUCUUUGAAUUCAUGGAUAAAAAUGGAGGCUUUGGACAACGUGAAGAUUCGAAGGAUAUUUCAGCUGAGGAGACAGAUUCUCCACAUUCAGAAGUUUCUGUCAAAUUCACGAAUACAGAGAAGAGCGCUGAAAAUACAUGGUAUGUGGAGAAAAAUCCUGAUAAAUUAAAAACAAUGAUUCAAAAGCUUUUCGUGUUUGCAUUUACUUGGGCAUUUGGAGGAACUUUAAAACGUGAAGAUGAACACGAAGAUGAUGUACUGUUGUAUUCAAAUCUUGAACCUGAUUCUCUUGCAAGAGUAACCUAUGAUUUUGACAACCUUGUUCAUGAAUUAUUUGAAAGCAAUUCACAAGUAGGUAAGUUCUGGGGGGGGGAAGAUCCAUAUGCAAGUAGAGCCAAGAGAAAGCCCCUGAAACUCUCCCUACCCACAGCCAAGAUAGUAAAUCAAAACCAAUACCACAUCCCAGGUGGAAUGUUAGAUAUCAAUGACACCCUCAAAGACUUCAAGAAUGCAGCCAUCAACCUACCAACUGGUGAACAUUCUAUCUUUGGGUAUUUUGUGGAUAUACAGCAAUGUGAAUUCAUGCCAUGGUCAGAAUUACUUCCCAGUACUCAGACACUAAUUCAAAGAGGAACUUCAAUACUAGCCGAUCCUCAAGGAUCAGAUGAAAACCUCUUGAAGAUACCAGAAUAUGGAGAGAACGUUAAUCAUACUGCUACCAGAGACACAACGUGCCUUUCUUUUCUCAUGAGCCUCCUUUUAAAGAAUUCCUGCCCUGUACUUCUCACAGGAGACUCUGGUGUUGGGAAAACCACUGCCAUUAAUCAAAUGCUUGAAAAGUUGGAGGGCUCAGGAGCGUUCGAUGUGAAAUACGGGUCAAUUUUAGGAGAAGUUCUAUUAUACAAUGAAAUUAAAAAAUCAAGGUUACUGAAACAGAAUAUCAGCAUCUUGUUUUCUGAAAAUCAAAAGACAGCAACCACAAGUCUAGACAAGACUACUAAAAAGCCAGAAGUUAGAACUGAUGAAAGUUCAUUUAAAAAUGAUAGUAAAGGAAUUACAAUCUCUACAAUAAAUUUUAGCAUCAGUAUGACAGCUGCCAAAGCCAAGGAGCUGAUCUUUAAAAAGUUAGUAAGAAGAACUAAAGACACUCUUGGAGCACCAAAAAACAACAAGAUUGUAAUAUUUAUUGAUGAUCUGAAUAUCCCAGAAUCAGAUAUGUAUGGAGCACAGCCACCCCUGGAAUUAAUCAGACAAUUAUUCGAUUUGGGAGGAAUUUAUGAUACUAAAAAAAUUGCAUGGAAGAAUAUUCAAGAUUUCUCUCUAGUUGCAGCUUGUGUUCCUCCAGUUGGGAGGAGAAAUAUUAGCCCACGUCUCCUCAAACAUUUUUCCAUUCUCGUCUUGCCUCACCCUCCACAAAGUGCCUUACAUACUAUUUUCCAGGCUCAUUUGGGAAUGUAUUUCUCUGUUAAUAACUUCACAUCCGAUGUUCAGAAAAGUAGAGAUCAAAUAACAUCUUGUUCUCUAGCUGUAUACUAUCAAGUACGUGAGAGUAUGUUACCAACUCCAACGAAAUGUCACUACAUGUUUAAUCUUCGAGAUAUGUUUAAGCUUCUCCUAGGAUUGCUGCAAGCUGACAAGGCUGUUAUUAACUCCAAAGAGAUGGCUGCUCUGUACUUUGUUCAUGAAGCCACCCGAGUGUUUCAUGAUCGCUUAAUUGAACGUACUGAAAAAGGGCUUUUCUAUCAGUUUCUUUCAAAGGAAAUUGAGAAUUAUUUUCAGAUUGGAAUAGAUGGAUGUGGAAAAGAAACUUGUGCAACCUUGGCCUGUUAUUUGACAGAACACAAACUGUACCGAGUUCCUACGUCUCACAAUUACGCCUACACAGAAUUCAAAGAAGACUUUAAAAAGGUGUUUAUUCAAGCAGGAUUAGAAGGGAACCCCACUCUUUUGAUAGUAAUGAAUUUAAACCCGGAUCAGGAGUCAUUUUUGGAAGAUUUGAAUGGCAUUCUCAACUUAGGAAAAAUGCCUGACUUGUUUGAAAAUGAGGAGCUGGAUUCUAUUGCACUAAGGAUUAGAUCUCUGGCCGAACAUUCUGGUUAUAUUGAUAAUAGGCAAUCUUUACUUUCAUUCUUCCAAAAGAGAAUAUAUAAAAAUCUUCAUAUUUUUAUGACCAUGAGUCCUGCAGGACCUAACUUCCGCCAAAACUGUAGAGUCUACUCUUCUAUGAUUAGUGCCUGCACAAUCGACUGGUAUGAGAAGUGGCCAGAAGAAGCUCUUCUUACGGUAGCCAAUUCUUUCUUAAAAGAAAAGGUGGAUUUAGAGAACAGAGAGAACUUAAAUGAAAAACUUGCCCCAACAUGCGUCCAAAUCCACAAAAGUAUAAAAGACUUGAGCGCAAAAUACUUUCAAAACGCUAGAAGGCAUUAUUCUGUCACUCCCAGUAGCUACUUGCGAUUCAUGGAUACAUUUGCACACAUUUUGAGGUCACGAGAGGAGGAAAUGCAAACAAAGAGGAAUCGUUUCCAUCUGGGUCUAUCCAAGAUCCUGGAAGCAACUGCUCUAGUUACAGAUAUGCAGGAGGAGCUCUUGAUUCUUGGCCCUCAAAUAGAACAAAAAACAAAGGAAAAAGAAAUCCUAAUGGAAAAACUACAGAAAGUUUCACAAGUGGUUGAGAAAGUUCAGAUGCUUGUGAAACAGGAUGAAGAAAUUAUGGCAGAAGAAGUAAGAAUUGUAGAAGAUUAUGCUCAGAAAACUGCCAAUGAACUAAAAAGUGUACUGCCAGCUGUAGACAAGGCAAUUGCGGCUCUGAAUGCCUUGGAUAAAGCUGAUGUUGCUGAAUUAAGAGUAUACGCACGGCCUCCCUUCCUGGUACUGACUGUCAUGAAUGCAGUUUGUAUUCUUCUGCAAAAGAAACCUAACUGGGCUACAGCAAAGUUACUUCUUUCAGAAACCGGUUUCCUAAAAAAAUUGAUUAACCUUGAUAAGGACAGCAUACCUGAGAAGGUUUUCAUGAAGCUGAAAAAAAUUUUAGCCUUACAUGAUUUCAACCCAAACAAGGUUGCCCUAGUUUCUGUUGCUUGUUGCUCUAUGUGCCAGUGGGUUAUAGCUUUGAAUAACUACCAUGAAGUACAGAAGGUGGUGGGCCCUAAACAAAUCCAAGUAACUGAAGCUCAAAACGUCCUAAAAAUUGCACGACAAAGGUUGGCUGAAAAACAAAGAGGUUUACAGCUGAUUGAAGAACAUCUGCUGUAUUUGCAGGCAGCCUACAAAGAUACUGUUGCUGAAAAAGAAAUAUUAGCAAAUCGAAGACAACUGGCCACCAGGCGCUUGCAGUGCGCAUCUAUCUUACUAACUGCACUGGAAGAUGAAAAGACUCAAUGGCAAGAAACAAUCAAUCAAAUAGACAGCAAGUUGGAAGGAAUUUUGGGUGACAUACUUAUUUCAGCAGCAUGCAUUGUCUACAGUGGAAUGUUAACAGCAGAAUUUCGCCAGUUGGUUGUGAAUAAAUGGGAGAAUCUUUGCACUGAAAACAAUAUUUCUUUGUCUUCUAACUUUUCUUUAAUUGAAGUCAUGGCACAAAAACAUGAGAUCCGCCGAUGGCAUUAUCAGGGGCUACCUCCCGAUCAGUAUUCUACAGAGAGUGCCAUCUUGAUCAAGAACAGCCUGCAGUGGCCACUGCUGAUUGACCCACACAAGCAAGCACGCCCUUGGAUCCGUCAGAUGGAAGGAUCUAGGCUGCAGGAGCUCUCCAUUGAAGACAGCAAUUACAUCAAAAAAAUGGAAAAUGCUGUGAAAACAGGGGGGAGUAUCCUCUUGCAGAAUCUCCCCGAAACAUUAGCUCCCAGUUUAAAGGCAAUUUUGAAGAAGGAUAUCUAUCAGAAAAGAGGACAAUAUUUCCUAAGGGUUGAUGAUUCUGAGAUCGAAUACAAUUCCAGAUUUAGGUUAUACAUAUGUACAGAAAUAGACAACCCUCCUUUUCCUCCAUCAGUUUAUAACUUUGUUACUAUGAUCAACUUCACGGUAACUUUCCAAGGUUUGCAAGAUCAACUCUUAUCUACUGUAUUAACUCACGAAGUUCCUCAUUUAGAAAGUCAACGUUUCCACUUAUUGGAGAGUAUUUCCCUUGAUGCUAUGACUCUUGAAGAACUGGAGGAAAAAACAUUAAGUUUACUGCAGAACGCACAAGAAUGUGUAUUAGAUGAUGAAGAAAUUGUAGACGUCUUAAGAAAAUCCAAAAUGACUUCAAAUGAAAUUUCGAAGCGCAUCAAAGCAACAGAAACAGCAGAAAGCGAAAUUCAAGCAACACGUCAAAACUAUCUCCCCAUUGCCACUCGAGGUGCACUGCUCUACUUUCUAGUGGCUGGUCUUACACAAAUCAAUUACAUGUACCAGUUCUCCCUAGACUGGUUUCGUCAAGUUUUUGUUUCAUCAGUUGUUUCCAAAAGCGAAGAACAAGAACGCAGUUUAAAAAGGGAGAAAAUGUCUCUGAAAAAAGUUCAUGAAAUUACAAAUCCCUCAGAAGAAUCUAAGUUAGACAGUGAGAAAAAUCCCUUAGAGAGGCAUCUUAAAAAUUCAAUAGAUGUGUUAACAAGAAAUAUUUUUAAGGUGGUCUCCUCAGCCCUAUUUAAUCAACAUAAACUUUGCUUCUCCUUUUGGCUUUGCACUACAAUCAUGCAAAAUAAUGCUAAUGGAAAUCUAACACAGGAUGACAUUGGAUCCCUACCAGAUGAAGAAUGGGACAUCUUCUUAUAUUCUAGCAUAUUGAUAAACAUUAAGGGUAUAAUGCCCCAGCCUAGACUUAGUGGCAUAUAUGAAAUCUGUAGAAAUCGACAUCUUCAGUGGUUGUCGGAUUCCAGGUGGAAGGAGUGCCAAUAUGUCAGUGGUGAACUAGCACCAUUUUCUCUUCUAUGCAAAUCCCUUUUAUCAAAUGUAUCACAAUGGAAUGCUUUUAAUAACAGUAAGGAUGUAUAUUUUCUGAUGAGCAUACCUUUCUCUUCAGAAAACACUUCAUUGGAAAAAAGUAAGAAAUCACCAGAGGAAACUGCACUUUUGAAUGAAAGUGAAGAAAUUGACAGUCCCAUCAAUUUUCCCUGGGAGAAACUCACUCCAUUUCAAAGACUUAUUUUGAUAAAAAUUCUUAGACCAGAAUGUUUAAAGAAUUCAGUGAGAAACUUUAUAACUGAAAAACUAGGAAACGAAUAUACUUGCAGAACUGGACUUAAUUUGAAAGAAUUAUAUGAAGAAUCCAAUGCCAGGACUCCACUGAUGCUUAUUCACUCCAACGGGAUUGACCUCACCGAUACUCUCCUGAAAUUUGCACAAGAGCUAAAAGGAACAACACGUCACGUGGCCAUGAUUUCCUUGGGUCACGGCCAGGCAGCUAAAGCAGAAGACCUCGUUGUGAAGGCCCUAACCAAAACAGAGCAAUGGGUCUUCCUCCAGAACUGCCAUCUGGCAGCGUCGUUUAUGCCAAGGCUUUGCGCUAUUGUAGAAUUAUUUAGUAGUCCAGAUGUGACAAUAGAUCCUGGGUUUAGGCUCUGGUUAAGCUCAAAAUCAGACAGUUCUUUCCCAAUUCCUAUUCUUCAAAAGAGUUUAAAGAUUGCCGUGGAAAACCCCCAGGGAUUGAAAAGUAACUUACUUCAGACCUUCGGAUAUACCGGGAGUGGAGAGGUGACAGAAGAGCUAUUUGAACAGCCUGACUGCAGACCAUGGUGGAAAAAACUUUUAUUCAGCUUAUGUUUUUUCAAUGCUCUGAUCAAUGAAAGAAAAAACUAUGGCAUAUUCGGCUGGAAUAUUGCUUAUAAAUUUGGUUCUUCAGACUUGGAGGUUGCCAUAAAGGUGUUGAAAAAUGUCCUGGACGCACAGUCUGAUAUCCCGUGGCCGACACUGCGCUACCUGUUGGGGGAAGUGAUCUACGGUGGCCGGGUGGCUGACAAGUGGGACAGGCGAUGUUUGAACACCCUGCUCUACAAAUUUUGUAAUCCUGAAAUGCUGAGAGAGGACUUCAGUUUCUCUAAAUCUGCCAGCAUAAGGGAUUACAUACACAUUAUCCAGUCCUUACCUGAGGAGGACCCUCCUGAGCUCUUAGGAUUGCACCCUGAGGCCACAAGGGCCUGCCGGGAGGUCCAGGGCCAGAAGUUCAUCGACAGUCUCAUUGCCAUGCAACCAAGAACUACCACUACCAACCUCGUGAUCAGUCAUGAGCAGAAUAAUGAUAAACUGGUGAUGGAAAUUCUAUCUGACAUGCUAAAGCGGCUGCCACUGUCUGUGGAGAAAGAAGAAUGUGCUGGAACUCCAAGCACACUGAAGUGCAUCAUGUCAAGCCCCACGUGGGAGUCUCUUUAUAAAGGUCUGAAAGGCCAUGAUUCCCUUAGCCAUUGUGCCAUGCUAACCUUUUUGAGCCAAGAAAUUGAACGAUUUGAUAAGUUACUAUUUAUUAUACAUAAAUCCCUGCAAGAUCUUCAACUUGCUAUAAAAGGGGAGAUCAUCCUCACCCAAGAAUUGGAGGAAAUAUAUGACUCUUUUCUUAAUUCGAGAGUGCCUACAUUGUGGCGGAAACACGCCUACAAGUCAUGUAAGCCCCUGAGUUCCUGGGUUAAUGAUCUCAUCCAGCGACUGAAUUUCUUCAACACCUGGGCCAAAAUGGCUUACACUGCAAUACAUCGUAGGUAUAUGAAAUUUAUCUCAGCUUGGAAGCACAAUAUUCCAUCAUCUGGCCAAAAACCCAAACACCCUGCUGAUCAGAAGAGUGAUUUCCUUGAAGGAUUUCCUGCAAGAUACUGGCUCCCAGCUUUCUUCUUUCCCCAAGCUUUUCUUACAGCUGUGCUUCAAGACUAUGGAAGGUCCCAAGGAAUCUCUAUAGACGCCCUCACCUUUACCCACCACGUGAUCUCUGACACCACUGAUGUCGAAGACAAGGAGUUCUCCAUAGUCAUCCAGAAGAAACUCAACAUGGUCAGGAGAGCCUUUAAGGGCACAGACCCCACACACACUGGAGUCCACAUUUUUGGUUUAUUCAUCGAGGGGGCAAGGUGGAAUCAUGAAGAAAAAAUCCUAGAAGACUCGCUGCCUCGUGAGACGUGUUGUGAUUUUCCUGAAAUAUACUUCCUGCCAACAAAGAUUUCUACUGAAAGACCAGAUGCUGCUAACCAGACAGACACAGAACUCUAUACUUUUGAGUGCCCCGUUUAUCAGACACCGGAGAGGUCAAGAAUUUUGACAGCUACUGGCUCACCCUCCAACUUUUUAACCUCGGUGUAUUUAUCCACGAAGAAACCUCCCAGUCACUGGAUCACAAUGCAGGUGGCGCUGCUGUGUGAGGAGAACGAAAAAUAAACUUCCAUACCAAACCAUUUAAUUUUUGACUCUAACCAGCUUUACAUGUUUCAAGACAGUCACACACAG